CACAGUGUCUGAAGUGACAUCGAACGCCAUGCCCUUUCCUUAUAUUAUCAGCAAACCGGUGGCAUUAAUCUCUCCCCCAUAUAAGGGCAGGAGUCCCCUGCGCAUGCAACCGCCCUUGGAGUUAGAACAACUAAAAUAGGAUUAAGAGAGAGUAAAAUAAGUUUAGAAGAAAACAUCCAUCCCAGUCCUCUCUCCCUCUCUCUACCUCUCUCUCUCUCUGUCUGCUCUCUUAUAUCAAUGCAUUUGUUCCCUUAAUCCUCUCUUUGAAGAAAGAGAAGAAACAGAGCAGAUGAAACAGUGAGGAUUCAGCUUUGUGAAGCGUGAAGAGCGAAAGACGAUGAGAUACAUCAGAACGAACAGCUUGAAGCGGCUCUUCUCUUUGAAAAGGCGCAGUUUUGAUGGAGAUAUUCCGAGCCCAAGCAGCGUCAACGAACAAGACAACAAAAGCACCUCCAAGAUUGCUCCGGGAGCAGAGCCCUUUCAGAGACCCACUUGGAAAUGCUUCUCUUUUGAAGAGAUUUUUCAAGCCACUCGGGGUUUCAGCUCAGAGAAUCUAGUUGGGAAAGGAGGGUAUGCAGAGGUUUACAGAGGAAUGCUGGAAGAUGGGGAGGAAAUAGCAGUGAAGAGGCUGAACAGGGGCUCUAGCGAAGAGAGAAAAGUGAAGGAGUUCUUGACAGAGAUUGGCACAAUUGGCCACGUUUGUCACCCAAAUGUGUUGUCACUGUUGGGUUGUUGCAUCGACAAUGGUCUCUACCUCAUCUUCCAGUUCUCUUCAAGAGGCUCUGUUGCCUCUCUAGUUCACGACGAGAAUUUGCCCCCAGUCGAGUGGAAAACCAGAUACAAAAUUGCUCUCGGCACGGCUAAGGGUCUCCAUUAUUUGCACAAAGAUUGUCAGAGAAGGAUAAUUCACCGAGAUAUCAAGUCUUCAAACAUUCUAUUAACUGCAGAUUUCGAGCCACUGAUUUCUGAUUUUGGGCUUGCAAAAUGGCUGCCAACUCAGUGGUCACAUCAUUCAAUUGCUCCUAUUGAAGGCACAUUUGGACACUUAGCACCGGAGUACUUCAUGCAUGGAAUAGUGGAUGAGAAGACAGAUGUGUUUGCUUUUGGAGUUUUUCUACUGGAACUUAUUUCUGGCAGGAAACCUGUUUAUGGGUCUCACCAAAGCUUACAUGGCUGGGCCAAGCCAAUACUGAAUCAAGGGGAGAUUGAGAAGCUGGUGGAUCCAAGGCUUGGAGGGGCCUAUGAUGUUUCACAGAUGAAAAGACUUGCGUUUGCAGCAUCGUUGUGCAUCCGGUCUUCGUCCAUGUGGCGCCCUACUAUGAACGAGGUCUUAGAGGUAAUGGUUGAAGAGAAACUCGAUGAAGAGAGGUGGAACAUGCCAAAGGAAGAUGAAGGAGAUCCAGAGGAGUUCUGGGGUUUUGAGGACUUGGAAUGUGAGCAAGAAUAUGAAUCCAGUUCCUUCUCUGGUUCUCCUCUGGGCUCUAUGUCAACUGGAAGUUCUUAGAAUAUAUAGGUUUCUCAAUUAGGUACUUGAAAAAAUGAGAAUAUAACUGUAAUGUCCUGCUAUGGUGUACAUAUUAUGAAUUUGCACAAAAAAACAAAUGUGUAGAAAGGCAUGGAGAGAGGCAUUAUUAGAGCAACCCCACUCCUUUUCUCAGCCGUCCCUAUGUGACAAAAGUUUUGUGGACAUGCAAUUCCAUGGACAUACGGUGAAUACUGAUCAAACCCAUUGCUCCUCCUAAACA